CCCCCAGGGAGGCGCGUGCAUCCCUGCCAAGAGACGCCGCAGGAACCGCACUCCCGGGCCAGGUCGCUCUGAGGAUGGAGAAGAGGGCUCGGAGCUCGUCCAGAGACGCCCACAGGAGAGGCAGCGGCUCCUCGCACAAGGAGAGCAAAAGGGCGAAGACAGACAGGGGCGGCCGAGGCCGCGGGCGCCGGGAUGCCGAGCCGGAGCAGCCGGCCCUCGGGCGGGCAGGGAGCCCGGGCGAGCCCCGAGCGCCGGCAGCCACUGUGGUGGACGUGGAUGAAGUCCGGGGCUCUGGCGAAGACGGCACCGAAGUGGUGGCGCUGCUGGAGAGCGAGCGGCCCGAGGAAGGUACCAAAUCUUCCAGUUUAGGAGCCUGUGAGUGGCUUCUUGUCCUCACAUCGCUGCUCUUCAUCAUCGUGACCUUCCCUUUUUCUAUCUGGUUCUGCAUAAAGGUUGUACAGGAGUAUGAGAGAGUAAUUAUAUUCCGACUGGGACAUCUGCUUCCUGGACGAGCCAAAGGCCCUGGCCUUUUCUUCUUUUUGCCCUGCCUGGAUACCUACCACAAGGUUGACCUUCGUCUCCAAACCUUGGAGAUACCCUUUCAUGAGAUUGUAACCAAAGACAUGUUUGUGAUGGAGAUAGAUGCCGUCUGCUACUACCGCAUGGAAAAUGCCUCUCUUCUCCUAAACAGUCUUGCUCAUGUGUCCAAAGCCGUCCAAUUCCUUGUGCAAACCACCAUGAAGCGUCUCCUAGCUCAUCGAUCCCUCACUGAAAUUCUUCUUGAGAGGAAGAGCAUUGCUCAAGAUGUAAAGGUUGCCUUGGAUGCAGUGACCUGUAUUUGGGGAAUCAAAGUGGAGAGAACAGAAAUUAAGGAUGUGCGCCUGCCAGCUGGGCUGCAACACUCAUUGGCGGUGGAAGCCGAAGCACAAAGACAAGCCAAAGUGCGGAUGAUCGCUGCAGAAGGGGAGAAGGCCGCCUCCGAGUCCCUGAGGAUGGCAGCCGAGAUUCUAUCAGGCACUCCAGCCGCUGCUCAGCUUCGGUACCUGCACACCCUUCAAUCCUUGUCCACAGAGAAACCUUCCACAGUGGUUUUACCUUUGCCAUUUGACUUGCUUAAUUUCCUAUCUUCUCCAAGCAAUAGAACUCAAGGAGGCAUCCCCUUACCAAAUCCUUCCAAACCUGUUGAGCCGCUGAAUCCUAAAAAGAAAGACUCUCCCAUGUUAUAGGAAGAAACAAGGAUCAUGUGACUGCAAAGAGGGCUCCAUAUAACAGCUACAUCCCCAAGCAAGGCCCUCGGUCCUCAGUUCCGCUCUUUCUUUUGUUGCCAUGUGAGAUGCCCUUGGAAUGCAUGAAGCCCCAGUGCAGCGACACACAGGAAGACAAUGAAAUCAUGUAAUGACAGAGAAGCCACAGAACAUGCGUAGGUGGAUCAUCUGAUCAGAGGAAUUAUGGGAAAGAGCGUUAGCCAGCAUUCUACACAUGGCUGAAUUUUGACUUCUGAAGAUGCAGUUCAAAUGUCCUUUUCCCUCGAUGCCCUCUAGCCCCUUUGGGAAGAGUUCUUUUGCUCCCACAGCCCUUUCUACAUGCCCCUAUCAUUAUGCUUAUCACACUCUGUUGUAAUCUCACACUUACGAUGCAGGCUUCUCUCCUACUAUGAACUCCUCAAAAGCACGUCUUAAUAAUUCCCUAUCAUUCCACACUCUAGCUUGUAUGCUCCACCCAAGGCUUUUGCACCUGACUCUGAUAGCUGCACCACAAUGACACUCCUGUAUUUCUGAGUGAAAGAGAGAUACUUGUGAGUACAUAUUCCAGUACUCGAGCUGGAUAUAAAAUGUAUACCUAAUUAAAGAAUUUCAAAUGAA